AACCUGUUCUUAGGUUUGGUUGCCAUUUCCCUGGCACCACUCCUCUUUCUUUCUCUAUCUCUCUUACACAGAGGCAGAGAGAGAGAAAGGGCGAUUUAGAGACAGGUGAGUGAGAAGAACUUUUUUGCUUAUUAGGUUCCACAAACACAUUCUGGCACAUUAGCAGCAACGGGGGCUGGAAGAUGAGGAACCUGCUGACUACUCAGAACCAAAACUGCUACCGGGAGCUGAUUGAGAAGGAGGCCUACACUCGCAUGGCAUGGAAAAUGAAAUACGGCGAUGAUUACCCCAUGAGCUUCCCCUCCAGAAGGCCAAAAGUACCACAGGCCCCCAAGCUCUCUACCCCGAAGACAGUCCUGCCCCCUGUUGUGAAGCCCCCAGAGAGGAAGAAGGAGGUAUCGGCGGAACCAGUGGAGCGGACCCUCAGCGCCGCGCCGCUGAUGAGACCCGUCUCGCCCCAGACCAAGGAGACGCUGUACCAGGGCUUCUCCAAAGAAGGGAAGGGCCGUCACCUGUACCUGCGGAGGCGUGUGCAGAAAGGCCCAGAGGACAAGUUCGACUUCCCUCUGUUGUCCUCCUGGGAGUAUGGCUGGAGACUAGGUGACUAUGACAGAGACUACAGGUCCCCUGCCAACGGAAGGUCCGGAAUUGUAAGGAACACGUUUUAUGCCAGGAAUGGAAUCUUUCAUUUUCCCUCUCCAACUGAUCAACUGGGGUAGCAAGCAGUUCGCAGAUCUCCUCCUUCUCAACAUUAUAUUGAAGAAUCACUUUAUGCAAGCUGUUUAGAUAUCUAUUCCACGCUAAAAGCAAUGUUGUGAGACUUGCAUGCAUCAGAUUUGUGAAUGGUAUCACAAACAAAACGUCUUGUGGUUUUUCUUCCUUUUAACAACUUAUGAAGUAAUAGCCUACAUGUACUACGUCACCAAAUAACCUUUAAAUUUAAACAUUGUAAUUGUUAUUUUUACCAAAUGAUGUUAUAAAUGUAAUUUUAUUUAGAUACAAUUACUUGCAUGGCGUUAAAGAAGGAAUACAGUGGGUUUUAAAAAAUGUUCAAAAGCAAGCUCAGCGAAAGGACAUUUGGUAAAACAAAUGGUUUCCUAGCGACGGUGAAAUCCACACCUUGAAUCCGCAGUUCAUUAACGAGCAGAGAGUCACCCUAAAUGCUCCCGUUUUCGCUGCCCUGCGUUCCCGUUUUUAGUGCAGUAGAUUCACACCUCAACCCGAGAGGGUUACUCGUCUAAUAUCCCGGCAAGCCUUCAGUGGCUGAGUGGCGAUCUUUCACCCACCUAAUUAGCUCUAAUUCUGGGCGAUUAUUCAAGGCAGUUUAACCGAAGCCCUAAUGAGAUGCAUUCAUUGGGAAAGACAGGUUUUGAAGCGCUUGCUAUGGCACUGUGGCUUCCAGGCAGACGUGGGUUGCCCGGACAACCGCAGGUAUUCCUCAGUAUCUCCAUCCGUUCUUUCCCCGCUGCGGACGAAGAGUGAAAGCCACUGGGAAAUGAUCGCUCACUGCCAGGGCCUGAAACAGAGACAAAGGAGACGCGAUUCCAAGAUUUGUUUUAUCGGGGCAGUAUAUGUGAGCAUAUAUAUAUAUAUAUAUAUGUGUGUGUGUGUGUGUGUCUGUACAAUAUAAAAGUGGAAACGUUUACCUGA